AUGGUACAUGUCAGCGCUAUAUAUAAUAACAACAACACAGUGUGCGGGGCCAUGGUACAUGUCAGCGCUAUAUAUAAUAACAACAACACAGUGUGCGGGGCCAUGGUACAUGUCAGCGCUAUAUUUAAUAACAACAACACAGUGUGCGGGGCCAUGGUACAUGUCAGCGCUAUAUAUAAUAACAACAACACAGUGUGCGGGGCCAUGGUACAUGUCAGCGCUAUAUAUAAUAACAACAACACAGUGUGCGGGGCCAUGGUACAUGUCAGCGCUAUAUAUAAUAACAACAACACAGUGUGCGGGGCCAUGGUACAUGUCAGCGCUAUAUAUAAUAAUAACACAGUGUGCGGGGCUAUGGUACGUCAGCGCUAUAUAUAA